AUGUCUGCAACUCAGCUACUUAACCCCAAGGCGGAGUCGAGGCGGAGAGGAGAGGCCUUGAAAGUGAACAUCGCCGCUGGUGAAGGUCUUCAAGAUGUGUUGAAGUCUAACCUGGGCCCCUCUGGGACUCUCAAGAUGCUGGUUGAUGGUGCAGGCGCAAUUAAACUGACUAAGGAUGGAAAUGUUUUGUUGCGGGAGAUGCAAAUCCAAAACCCCACAGCCGUCAUGAUUGCCCGCGCUGCAACGGCACAAGACGAUAUUACCGGUGAUGGAACAACAUCGGUUGUGAUGCUAGUGGGAGAGCUCCUGAAGCAAGCGGACCGACACAUUGGUGAGGGUCUGCACCCCCGUGUUAUCACCGAUGGAUAUGAAAUUGCAAAGACCGAGGCACUGAAGUUCCUCGACAAGUUCAAGCUCGAGCGUGCCAUUGACCGCGAGCUGUUGCUUUCUGUCGCCCGUACCUCCCUCUCCACAAAGCUGAGCGGUGCUCUCGCCGAGAAGCUCACCCCCGACAUCGUCGAUGCCGUCCUUGCCAUCCACAGAGCCCCUGAGAAGCCCGAUUUGCACAUGGUUGAGAUUAUGACAAUGCAACAUCGCUCCUCUUCCGAUACCCAGCUUAUCCGCGGUCUUGCCCUGGAUCACGGUGCCAGACACCCCGACAUGCCUAAGCGGGUGGAGAACGCUUUCAUUUUGACAUUGAACGUCAGCUUGGAAUACGAGAAGUCCGAGAUCAACUCUGGAUUCUACUACUCCAACGCCGAGCAAAGAGAUAAGCUUGUUGAGAGCGAGCGCAAGUUCGUCGACGCCAAGUUGCAAAAGAUUGUGGAGCUUAAGAAGGAGGUUUGUGGAAACGAUCCCAAGAAGGGAUUCGUUAUCAUCAACCAGAAGGGUAUUGAUCCUUUGAGCCUGGAUGUCCUCGUCAAGAACGGCAUCUUCGCUCUUCGGAGAGCCAAACGCAGAAACAUGGAGCGUCUGCAGCUGAUUUGCGGUGGAACUGCCCAGAACAGUGUCGAGGAUCUUAGCCCCGAUGUUCUUGGCUGGGCCGGUCUCGUCUACGAGCACCAGCUUGGCGAGGAGAAGUUCACUUUCGUGGAAGAGGUCAAGGACCCCAAGUCUGUGACUAUCCUCAUCAAGGGCCCUAACAGCCACACUAUCACCCAGGUCAAGGAUGCCGUUCGUGACGGUCUCCGCUCUGUCUACAACACGAUUGUCGAUGGCUGCGUCAUUCCUGGAGCCGGAUCAUUCCAAGUUGCAUGUGCUCAGCACCUGAAGUCAGCAGAGUUCAACAAGUCUGUGAAGGGCAAGGCUAAGUGGGGUGUCGGUGCCUUCGCUGAUGCUCUUCUGAUCAUCCCCAAGACCCUGGCUGCCAACUCAGGCCAUGACAUCCAAGAUUCCCUUGCUUCUCUCUGGGACGAGGCCACUGAUGGCAACGUCGCCGGUCUGGACCUGGUCACUGGUGAGCCCAUGGACCCUGUCCAGGAGGGUGUCUUCGACUCUUUCCGUGUUCUUCGCAACUGUAUCGCUUCCAGCACGGGCAUUGCAUCCAACCUUCUCCUUUGUGACGAGCUCCUCAAGGCUCGGCAAAUGAGUAAACAGGGUGGCCCCGGUGGUAUGGAGGAGUAA